AUGCGGCGAGUAUACGGUACGACAACUGAGCAACAAAGAAUGAAAAGUUCCAUAGAGGAUGCCAUCACAGGGUUGCUUGGAACUGCAUCUACUGUCCCCAACAGCAUCCUGAUCGCAGACUUAGGCUGCUCAUAUGGUUCAAAUGCCCUUGCUCUUGUCUCGACUGCUGUCAACGCCGUCCUCUGCAACUGCAUGCAGCAUGAGCAGCCACUACCGGAGGUAUGUGUGCUCCUAAACGACCUACCAGGCAAUGACUUCAACAGUGUGGCAAAGAGCAUAGCUGAGUUCAAGCAAAGCUUUGAAUCUUUCCCUCCCAUCGUGAUCAAUUCUGGUAUGGUUCCUGGGUCAUUCCAUGCAAGGUUAUUCUCUAGGGAAUCCUUGCAUCUCAUCUGCUCGUCGACCAGUUUGCAUUGGCUAUCCGAGGCACCGGAAGACCUUGUGAAGAGAAGAAUACCGAUGUAUGACUGCGAUGACAAUCUGAGGCGAGCAAGGAGUGGUCUAGUGCUCGACGCGUACUCUAGACAGUUUAGAAAGGAUUUUACGCAGUUCUUAACUGUUAGAGGCAAAGAAUUGGUCCCUGGAGGCCGUAUGGUUAUCUCCUUAUUUGGCAGGUGCUCUGAUAACCCUGCAUCUAUGGCUACUCAUGCAUGGGAAAUCUUGGCCUCGUCUUUAAAUGACAUGGUGUCAAGGGGCGUGCUCAACAAAGAAAAGUUUGAAUCAUUUUACAUACCUAUGUAUGCUCCUUCUGACAAGGAAUUGAGGAUGAUCAUCCAAGACGAGAGCUCUUUUUUAAUCAACAACAUUGAAGUGCACAAACCUCUAAGUGGCAUCGGUGAAGUAGUAGUAACCCCAAAAAUGAUUGCAUUAGCAAUAAGGUCUGCACAUGAGGCCAUAAUAUUGGAGCAUUUUAAUUGCUCAGCCCACAUCAUGGAUGAGUUAGUGGAGACUCUAGUCGGGCAACUGAGUUCUGGUGGACUUAAUCGUAUGGUUUCUGAGAUGCCACUUGUUUUCCUGUGUGCGUCACUCACAAGGAAGGCCUCAUUAUGA